AUGUCAGAAUUACCUGGAGCAACCUUUGCAAGAGGAGGACGUGGUGGUCGGGGAAGAGGACGAGGAAGAGGACGAGGAGCGAUUUCGGAAUCAGUUCCACCAAUACCUCCACCCGAUUCGAAUGAUCCACCUGGGAAUUUCACAUCUAAUCGACCAAUAUCUGUAAACCCUUCUGAUGCAUCUGUUACAACGGCUCCUUCAAAGUUUAAACCACGGAUGGUAAAACGAGUUGAAAAGGUUGAACCAAUCGAUUUAGAUAGUCAUGAUCAAUCAAGUUCUAGAGGUCGUGGUAGAGGAAGAGGAAGAGGUGCUGAAAGGGGUGGAAGAGGUAGAGCUGAGAUUGUGAUGACUGCUAGUGGUGCAUUUGCUAUGGGUCCUGCAGAAGGUGGACCGAGGACUGGUCGUAUACAAGGACCAACAAGAAGUGGAAUGCGAAAGAUUGAUAAUUCGGUGACAUCCACUGGACCUUCAAGUCGAGCACAAAGUGGAUCAGUUACACCAUGGGAUGGUGGACCGAGUGAUAUGUUUGAUCUUUAUUCUGAUAUUGAUGAAAAUCCUGAAGAUGAGAUGGAUGGAGAUGAAGGUGAAGGAGAUAGAGGAAAAGUAGCUGAUUUAAAUGAUAUCUCUAAUGAACAUCCAAUGGCUCCUCUCACUUUACCUUGGGAUCCGAAUCGAAUUGCAGAAAGAGAAAGAUUAAUGGCAGAAAGAGAUGCGAAAUUAAGGAAACUUGCUGAACUUAAAUUGAAAUCAGAAGACGAGAAACCUGUGAUUGAAGGUUUAGGAGAUGAUUUGAAACCUAAUGGUUCAAGAUCGACUAAUUCACCAGCUUUGUUCUCUGGUUCUGUUACACCUGCUGUCACUCGUGCUAGUACUAUUACUGCUACAGAAUCAGUGGUCAAGAGCGAAACUGUAGAGGAACAAACCUUGGAGGCGAUGAAAUCAGAUGUGAAACUGAAACUUGAACAGAUAGAAGAAAUGGCAACACCUGAUACCAACACCACGAGUUCAAGUUCGAAAAGCGGUCCACCAUUAUACAUCUUUCAAUUUCCUCGUCACUUUCCCCAGUUUCGUAAGGCGUCAGAUAUUGCCCUCAACCCACCUACAGAUCCAGCAGCCGAUGCAGCCACCACUGUACCUGCACGCAAGAAGCUAUUGAAGAAGAAGAAACCACAAGUAGAUGAUUGGGCGGGUUGGGGAAAAGGUGGACGUCGAGAUGAUUGCCCUGGUGUGCCUCUCGGUGAAGAAGAUAAGCCUGUCGAAGGUCAAAUUGGAGAAUUGGUCAUCAGACGGAGCGGAAGGGUUCAGAUGUUGAUUGGUGAAGUAGCUUAUGAUGUCUUACCGGCUGCACAGCCCACAUUUCAUCAAGAAGUAGCUGUCAUAGAUCCUAAGCCAGAGAGUAGCUUAAGAGCGAUGUUUGUACUAGGACCUACCAACAAGAAAUUUAUUGUAGCACCUGAUGUAUCCAGUUUACUAGAACGUGACGAACGUGAACGGAAAGUGAAAUCAGAAAAAUCUUCGACUGAUGUAUAA